AUGUAAUUUUAUUUAAUUAAAUGCUUGUUCUACUAUUUUUAGAAGCAUUAUAUAAUUUAUAAACUUAUAAUUAUAUUUUAGAUAACUUUUAACAAAAGAAAAAAUGGAUUGUUGAAAAAGGCUUGCGAAUUAUCAGUAUUGUGCAAUAUCAAAAUGCUUUUGUGUUUUACGGAUUUAAGUGGCAAUGUCUAUUAAUUUAUGUCAAACGAGAAUACCGAAAUGGAAUUGAUAUAAUCAAAUCACAAAAAGAUUUUCACAAAAUAGGAUUAUCCUGGAUUCUAAAAAAAGAAAGAUAAUGAAUCAUAAUCAGAAGCAGAAAGUGAGUUAAGUAUAGAAUAGAAAAGGACAAGAGCAUAGGAACAUUUAAAUUAAUAACAUUUAUUUAUCUAAUAAUCCUAACUUAUUUAGCAAAAUCAAUAAUAUCAGAAGGGUCAAUAACAAAUGAGAUUGAGAAACAAGGUUUUAGAGAAUCAAGAAAAACAAAUUCAAUAAGAAUCCAGGAAAAUUGUCAAAAUUGAGCCAAAAUAAGAGGAAUUUGAACAAUCAAAAAAUAAAAUGUAACCUAAAAGCAAGAAAACAAAUGAUGAGAUUGCUUUCAAUGAUAUCAUUGAUCAUCAGUAAGCUAGAAAUUUCGAUGAUCUUUAUUAAUGCGGUAAUCAAUUAGACGAUUAGUCAAAUUCCCCCGAUUAGUAGGAUUUUAAAUAAUAACUAUCAAUGUUUACCUCUUCAAAUCAAAUCAAAUUAAUGAAAAUGGAUAGCUUACUAAAUGGUAAUAACAAUAGUAAACCCCAUAAUUUUCUAAGUGAUUAAUACAAUAAGUUUUUCAACAAAGACAGAAUUGAUUCAUUGAAUAAUAGUAAGGUCUUAUAACCUAGUGUGCAAUUCAUUGUGCCUCCGUAAGUCUAUUUUAAUAUCCCACCAUCCCCAAUUAAUCAAGCAAUGAAUAAGAUCUAUGUGGGAGUAGACGAACCCAUGGAUUUCAAUUUAGGAUAAUCUCAGUAUACUGAUGGAUUUAAGAAAUAUACUAAAUGA